AUGGCUGAGCCCAUCCCCAACAAGCGCCCAGAAUCGGGCACUGCACCGACACCGCAGAAUACUCCUGCUAAUAAUGCACCGAUUUCCUCGCACGCCCAACAGCCAGGCGUCGCGAGCAUCAAAGAAGAGGAUCUCGACCGCGCGGCCGCAUCUAUCUUCGCACAGGACCCAAGAAUUCUGCAGAUGAUUCAAGGGCGUCUGGGUAGUCUGGUCGGCCGAUCUUCGGGCUAUAUAGAGUCGCUUCCUCCAUCCGUUCGUCGUCGCGUGGCCGGUUUGAAAGGUAUCCAGACUGAACACGCUAAACUUGAGGCUGAGUUUCAGGAGGAAGUCCUGCAGCUCGAAAAGAAGUACUUCGCCAAGUUUACGCCCUUGUACGAAAAAAGAGCCUCCAUCGUCAACGGAAAGGCGGAACCUUCGGAUGAAGAAAUUCAACAGGGCGAGAAGGCCGAUGAUGAUUCUGGGGACAAUGAUCAACCUCCAAAGGCAGUUGAGAAAGAAACCGAUUCAUCUUCCGAAUCUGUGUCUGGAAUUCCGGAAUUUUGGCUUUCCGCAAUGAAAAAUCAAAUAUCUCUUGCGGAGAUGAUAACGGAUCGGGAUGAGGCGGCUCUGAAGCAUCUAUUCUCCGACAACGAUUUCUUCACAAACCAGGCAAUUACGAAGACUUACUUCUACCAAACCGAGAGUGGAUAUGGUGGCGAUUUUAUUUAUGACCAUGCCGAGGGCGACAAGAUCGAGUGGAAGAGCGGAAGGGAUUUGACAGUACGCACCGAGAGCAAGAAGCAGCGAAAUAAGAAUACAAAGCAGACGCGCGUUGUCAAGAAAACCGUACCGACAGAAUCAUUUUUCAACUUCUUCUCGCCGCCAAUUGCCCCCGAAGAUGAUGAAGAAGAAGCCGACCCUGAUAUCGAAAUUCGACUGGAACUAGACUACCAAUUAGGCGAGGAUAUCAAAGAAAAGUUGAUUCCUCGCGCCAUCGACUGGUUCACUGGCGAAGCCCUGCAGUACGAGGAAAUGGAUGACGAAGAUCUAGAAGGAAUUCAAUACGACGACGAUGAUGACGACGAUGACGAUGACGACGCAAGUGAUGAUCAAGAUGAAGAAGAAGAUUCUGAUGACGAGGAUGAUGCAGGCAGACCGAACAAAGAGGCGGCGGAGUGUAAACAGAGUUGA